AUGGGUUUGGCUUCCCGUUCCACCGUGCUCCUCCUCCUUUCUUGGGUUUCUUUAUGCAUAUCCGCUGACCAGCUCUCACCUGCCAAACCCCUCACCUUCCCCGACGGCAAGCUCAUCUCCAACAAUGGCGUCUUCGCUCUGGGCUUCUUUUCCCCAACCAACUCAAGCACACCACGCUUCUACAUCGGCAUAUGGUACAACAACGACCCCGAGCGCACCGUCGUGUGGGUCGCCAACCGCGACAGCCCAAUCGUCACCCCUUCCUCCGCGACGCUCGCGGUAACGAACCGCUCUGACCUCGUCCUGUCAGACACUCAAGGCCGCAUCUACUGGACUACGACCAACAACAUCACCACCACCGGGCGCACGGCGGCGGCGAUGCUCGACGACAAGGGCAACCUGGUCCUCCGAUCAUCCCAAGGCGCAACCCUGUGGCAGAGCUUCGACCACCCGACCGACACCAUCCUCCCCGGCAUGCCGGUCUGGGUCAACUACCGGACACGCUUCACGCAGAGCCAGCUGGUUUCUUGGAGAAGCCCCGAGGACCCAUCCGCCGGCAACUUCUCCUUGGGCGCGGACGCCAGCUCGGGCAUCCAGUAUGUCCUCAAGGACGGGCCCCGCCUGCUGUGGCGCAGCGGGGCUUGGAACGGCGAGAUGGUCCUGGACUACACGCCCAACAAUGCCAGCACCGUCAUAAUCAUGUCCAUCGUCACCAACGGCGACGACAUCUCGCUCAUGUUCAGCGUCUCCGACGGGUCGCCGAGCAUGUACGUCAGGGUGGCCUCCAUGGGCAGGUACGAGUUCACCGUCUGGAACCGCACCGCGGCGGCGUGGGCAGUCCUGGAGGCGCACCCUGGUGCCGGGUGCGACCGGUACGCGGCGUGCGGCCCGUUCGGGUACUGCGACGCCACGGAAGCCUCGCCGGCGUGCAAGUGCCUCGACGGGUUCGGGGCCAGCCCGUCCGGCGGAUGCACGAGGAGGGAGCCGCUCCAAUGCGGCGGCGGGGACUACUUCGCGACCUUGCCGGGCGUGAAGACGCCAGCGAUGCCCGUGUUCGUCAGGAACAGGAGCUUCGACGGCUGCACGGCGGAGUGCCGUGGCAACUGCUCGUGCACGGCCUACGCUUACACCAACCUGAGCACCGCCAUAAGCGGGGGCCACAUGUCCAGGUGCUUGCUGUGGUUCGGCUAG